CUCCCGCAGGCUGCGCGGGCCGGGCGCGGCGCGGGCUGGGCAUGCGCAGAGCGCGCGGGCGCGGUUGCCGUGGCAGCGCCGGCGGGAGGGGAGGCGGCGGGCGGGCGCGGCGCGGAGCCGGGCGACCGGCGGGCUGAAGCGGCGAAGGCGCGGGGCAGGCCUGAGCGGCGGGGCGCGGCGCCCGGCCCGCGGGGAUGCGGGACCGGCUGCCGGACCUGACGGCGCGCCAGAAGAGCGAUGACGGGGACACGGCCGUCGUGGUCGAGAAGGACCACUUCAUGGACGACUUCUUCCACCAGGUCGAGGAGAUUCGGAGCGGCAUAUCUAAGAUAGCUCAGUACGUGGAGGAAGUCAAGAAAAACCACAGCAUCAUUCUGUCGGCACCAAACCCCGAAGGAAAAAUAAAAGAGGAGCUUGAAGAUCUGAACAAAGAAAUCAAGAAAACAGCCAACAAAAUCCGCGUCAAGUUAAAGUCCAUCGAGCAGAGCUUGGACCAGGAUGGCGGCGCGCCCCGCACGUCCGUGGACGCCCGGAUCCGGAGGACCCAGCACUCGGUGCUCUCCCGGAAGUUCGUGGACGUGAUGACCGAGUUCAACGAAGCCCAGACGGUCUUCCGGGAGCGCAGCAAGGGGCGCAUCCAGCGGCAGCUGGAGAUCACUGGGAAGGCGACCACGGACGAGGAGCUGGAGACGAUGCUGGAGAGCGGGAACCCCUCCAUCUUCACCUCCGAUAUCAUCUCCGACUCGCAGGUCACGAGACAGGCCCUCAACGAGAUCGAGUCGCGGCACAAGGACAUCAUGAGGCUGGAGACCAGCAUCCGCGAGCUGCACGAGAUGUUCGUGGACAUGGCCAUGUUCGUGGAGACGCAGGGCGACAUGAUCAACAACAUAGAGAAGAACGUGACGAGCGCGGUGGACUACGUGGAGCGCGCCAAGGAGGAGACCAAGAAGGCGGUCAAGUACCAGAGCAAAGCGCGCAGGAAGAUGAUGUUCAUUAUUAUUUGUGUCACUAUCUCGCUUCUGAUCCUGGGAAUCAUCCUCGCAGCAACAUUGUCAUAGCAACCGCAGCCCACGAGCCCUUCGUCCUCGGAGUCAGCCCCCCCACGCCUGCAGCGAGCCAGCCCUCCCACGUCACGCUCGAACCCCGGGCGCGGCCGCAGGACACGGAGAAAGCCGCCCGCAGCCCCGGGCGCCAUGCGUUAGCCCCGCAUCCUCGGCUCCAUAAGCGACACGCCGCACGCCGUCAGCAAUGUGAAACGAUGGCCUUAAAAUGGGAAUUAUUGACAUUUUCAAUUUUUUUUUUUAUAUUUCAGUGUUAAGACUAUUUGUAUGUAGAGUUUCAUGAGGAAUAUUUUAGGUUUGAAGCCACGAGAUUCCGGGUCUGAGACUUGGCCCCGCCCCCGGCUCCCGAGCUCACCGGCGCUUUUGUACCGUUUCCUGCGCCUUUGUUUACUGCUCGCGCGGAAACGCUUGUUCGCGUCCCAGAGCCGUUUUGUAAGGUGCUUGUGACGCUGGAUGUUCAUAAAUGAACUGUUUAAUAUA